CUCAGCCGUGCGGUGGUGCUCCAGUGAUCCCUGUGUUGGGUUAUAUUGAAAUCGAAACCGAAAUCGGAGUCCCGACCUGAAGCAUGCUGCUGUGUCGCGUUGUGCUGGCCCUGCUGCUGCUGGUGCUGCUGCACUACUGCCACGCGGAGGAGGAGGCCACCCAGCUGCCGCAGGUCUCCCUGGCGGUGUCCCUGGCCAGAUCGGCGGGCUCAGCAGGAUCAGCGGGAUCAGCGGGAUCGCCGGGAUCCAGCGUCCUCCAGAGCGACCCCUUCAUCGCGCGCAACCAGCGGCAGUGCUUCGAGACCCGCAGCCUCGUGGCCUGCAUCAAGUACAAGGCCAGCAAGCUCGUCUGGAAGCUGGCCACCAACAGCCUGGGCUUCUUUCCCAGCGAGUACGGACGCGACCUGGCCGGCGACACGGGCCGCUGGCUGAGAUUGGUCCAGCUGGGAGAACCCGCCGACGAGGUGGUCGUCUUUAACGACGCCAAGAGCUUGGAAGGUGACAGCGAGCUGACGCUGAUUCUCAAGUUCCUGAAGAGGGCGGUGGAGACCUUCGGGCGGAACCAUGGCCUGCAGCUGAGGCUGAACGGCGAGAGCGGGGCGAGGGUCAUGGAGGAGUCUGAGGCCCGACUGAAGCGCAAGAAGAAGAAGUGGCUCAUCAUCCUGCCCCUCAUCAUCCUGAUGAAGAUCGCCCACCUUAAGAUGACCCUGGUGAGCAUGCUGAUGGGCGUGCUGGGCAUGAACGUUCUGCUGGUGGGCGGCGUGGGCUGGCUGAUCCACUACCUCAAGUACAAGACCAUGUGCAAGAUCCACCCGCACCUGGUGCAGACGCACUCGCACGUCUACGAGUCGGAGCCCUCGGACUACUCCCAGUUCGUGGGCAGCAGCAGCUACUCCAACUCGUACUCCCCCUACAGCUCCGGCUCCGGGGCCCCCCACGAGCUCGGGGGCACCAGCUACAGCAAGGACUGGGCCACGAGUAAGGCCUACAACGCCCACAACUACCUGGACACGAUCAGCAAGCGGAUACAGUAGGGGAGUCUGGGGAAACCAAACGGACUUGUGCCAGCAACACCGAAACCUAGUAAAUUGUUACUCGUCGUCGACUUACUAGCUGUAACUAGCUUAGCUAAUAUAUUUGUAUUCUAAUAAAGCUAUUUAUUUU